AUGCUCGCAGAGACCGGCAGCGGGGGCCGCCUCCUGGACGCCUGCGACCUGGAGGCAGAUACCAUCGGCGUGGCUUCUGUGCCCUCCUCGGCCUCCUCCGCCGUGCUCUCAGACUACUUUAUUUUUGACACAGAGCCCCUCCUGGCGGACUGGGGCACCCUGCCCCCCAUCAACCCCGGCCCCUACCGCUCCGCGCCCCGAGCCGCCAGUGCGGGGCAGCCCUGGGCCGCCGGUCCCACCACCGGCUAUGCCGGCAGCUUUGGCCACACACCCGCCAUCACAGAGUCAUCCCCUUUUCUGCUGGACGGCACGGCCCUGACGUCCACCCUGCCUCCCAGCGAGACGCCCCAGGCCUGGCUGCAACCCCAGCCCAGCAUGGACGGCCUUCCCAGGCCCCCUCCCUACACCGGCCCGCACAUGCCCCACACCCAGUCCCUGCCUGAGCUGCACGUGCGGGCGCUGCCGUCGCGCCGCUCCGAGCCGGAGCUGCGCCUGCGCGGCCCGGGGUCUUCACGGCGCGGCCCCCCCUCCCAUCCGCUGCCGCGCUCCGCCUCGGCCAGCCAGCUGCUGGACGGCUGCCGCCCCGCCGUGCCCCACAUGACCUACCUCACCCCCCUGCACCUGCGCAAGGGCAAGGGUGGGCGGCAGCCCGCCGCGGACCCACGCAUGGACCCACGCAUAGACCCCAAGAAGGCGCGCCGCAUCCUCGCCAACCGGCUCAGCGCCGCCAAGAGCAAGUUGAAGCAGAAGGGCGCCGCAGGGGAGGCCGGGUCCCGCCUGCGCCACUCCUCUGACGACCUGGUGGGGCUGGAGGUCGGAGGCUGCGAGUAG